GCAUGCGCUCUCUGCAACAAUGAGCCGAUUUGGGUUCUAUUUUAUUUUUGUCUUCUUAUUGAUUAAAAGCCCGAGUUUGCUUCUCUUCCUAUGUUUCGCCAUGUAUGUUUAUAUUCACUACAGAACACGAUGAAAGCAUCCAGAUGGACGAGAAUGUGGACAGACAGACAGACAGACAGAGGGAGGAUGUAGGUUAAUAACGUUCUUCAGUUUACAAACGCGUCACGAUGAUAUGACUUGUCCUUGUCACUGCGCCUCCGGAUGGCGUCAGUCUGGUGAGAUGGACUGUGGUGUUCCCAGCUCGGAGGUCGUCUCGUCCCGUGAACUCUCCACCAGCCCACGCCGGAGCACAGACACUCAGACUCUGCAGUUACGUUACCGACAGAUAAGACGCAGGACGGUGGUGAUAAGAGACGUUUAAAAACAGAGAGAGGCUGAGAGAGGAUGAGCUGCCUUCAACAGUCAGAGGGAAGGAGUCCAAACAGCUGUUCUUCUCUGACAACAUUUAGCAGUGACUCUGCCUGUGUCCAAACUGUUUGCACCAAUGGGUGUCAUGCUGUCAGUUUGGUUGUACAGCAGGAAAGCUGACAGCCCCCCGUCUUCCCCCCCUUCUUCAGCUUUCCGUCCUCUGGCUGUCCCCACUUCCUCUCGCCUCACAGUCACCCUCAACUCCACUCCAGUCUCUCCAGAAGAUGGUCGAUCAUGCUGGAGCUCAGUCCACCGCUCUCCUCACUUCCUGCUCUCUGCCUGCAAACAGAAAGUGACGCGUUCGCCUGUAGAGCUGAGUAGCGACGGGGUGAGAUCAGAGAUGGGAGUGAAACAUGGGCUUCACAUAUGGGAGGUGCUGUGGAACCCUGACCAGAGAGGGAGCCAUGCUGUCAUAGGCAUUUCCAGGCUGGAAUGUCCACUGCAGGCUGCAGGGUACAAUGUCCUGGUGGGGGGAGAUGCACAGUCCUGGGGCUGGGAACUCAAAACCAAUCAGCUCUGGCAUGGUGGACAUAACCUGGGACUUUACCCCGGAAAGAUGAAGCAGUGUCAUCCUGCGGUUUCUGAGAAGUUGGAGCCUCAGAGUUACAAAUCAGUAGAUGCUGAGAGUCCUCUCCCCAUUCCAGAACAUGUCCUGCUGGUCCUAGAUGCUGAUGCUGGGACUCUGGGAUUCGUUGUUGAUGGCAGCUUUCUUGGUAUAGCUUUUACAGACCUUCCUUGUGGGGUGGAGCUGUUCCCAGCGGUGAGCAGCGUGAGAGGAGGUGCCACCAUACGACUACGAUACCUGAACGGUGCCUCACGUGAUCCUCCAGCCCUGAUGGCUCUAUGUGGACUGUCAAUUCGUCAGUUUCUUGGGCAGCAGAGGCAGAAUCAAACUGCCAAACUGCCUCUACCACCCUUUCUUCAGAACUACCUGCUUUCUAGCCAUUAAUUUGUACACAAAUGCACUAAUUAACAUACAUGAUAGGAAUGUGUUAGUUAGUAAUCGCACCAGUGGUGUUCUGUGGUCUACUGUAGUGAAUAUUACCAACUACCCUUCACAUAAAAAAAGAAUCACACACUCAAAGUGCCGUGGGUUGUCAAACCACCAAUGCAAACACUAACAAAAUAGGACACACAUGAUGUAUUAUAUGAUAUUUAAUUCAUUUUAAUAGCCAAAAUGUUGAUGCCUAGCCAUGUAUUUUUAGUGGUGAUACAUAAAUCCUGGCCUUUUUAUAAUGUGGAUAAUGUAGACUUCACAAUACAAUGUACAAAGUACAUACAAUGUACCUCCUUUUAUGUCAAAUGAUGUAUAUAGUGUAUGUUUGCUUAGUUGAGUACACUUACUAUUUGUCUUUUUUAUUAUGAUGUGAUGUCCACAUUUUGUCUGGUGAUAGAUGUCCUCUAUGAAUAUAACAGUGAACUGAAAGAAAAUUAAUUGAGAUUAAAUGUAGCAUGCAUUUUGCGAUUGUCUGAAUGUUUAUUUAUUAAUGAAAUAAAUUACUUAUAUAUUUUUUUCUGCUAUAGAGUUUCUACCAUGUUGUGGAAGUGAGCGAGAACAAGAGUUUGUUAAAUGGUGUUUAAUGUUUCUUCUUCAAAGUUCUAUAAUGCCAAUUUUCAUUGCCAAUUUGAACUAAUAAAAAGCACUUUAACAGUU